UCAAAACUUGUCCAGCUUUUACUUUCAUAACUCUUGGUUCUUGGAAAUUAUGACACAAAAUGCCAACUUUCCCAAAGGCGGAUGAAUAACAGUUACUCAUUGUGUCAAACGGUGCUCGGGUCCGUCGGCCCGGUGUAUGUGUGGGCGUGUUAAAAAGUGAAAAGGUUUUUACUUUUGGCCCUAUCAUAACUGCUCUGUAAGUGGUAUCACUAUAUGCCUACUGUAAUGAGACUCGCGUUUUAUGAACAACUAUUUGCUUCAUUCGAAUCAAGUUGUACAGUUUGAAAUAGUUUGAUAAGGUCUGCAACCAACCCGACGGCAGCUACAGAGGAAUCCCGAAACGACGAGUUUAGCGUCGAUCUGCGCACUUCCGGGUUUGAAAACGAGGCUCACUGUGUCACAACAACUCCGCUGUAACGUUACACUUAUGGUGUCUGCUCCCUCUACAGACCGAAGUACAACUUUCGUGUGAGAUUACACCCAAAUACAAGAACGAAAUACGAUUUUAGCGUGUUGAGGUAGAAGCCAAGCACAGGUGCUUUGUUUCACCAUGCCAUCCAGCAGAGGAGUUGAAUGUGCUGCAUAUGGGUGCAGCAAUCGUUUUUAUAACAAAGACUUGUCAAGGUCGCAGUUUCAUUUUUUCUGCUUUCCCACUGAUCGCAAACUCCGAGACCGAUGGUGCACAAAAAUCAAAAGGGAUCAUGGUCGAGACGGAUUCUUUGUCAGUAAGUCUACCCAGAUUUGCAAUGUGCACUUUAAUGAUACUGACAUCAAGAGAACCCUCAAUGGAGUAUGGAUACUGAAGCAAGGUGCUGAGCCAAAAGAUGUACUCUCUGACAGUUGGUCACCGAAAAAACGCAGAGUUCUUCAUAGAUCGACCUUUGAAGGUCCCUCAACUUCAUGUGGGGUAGCUGACGAACAAACAACAAAUGAUGAUGAACCGAUGAAUGAGGAUGAGUCAUUAUCUGAUACAAUGGAGAAUGAUGUUCAGGUGAAUCAAAUCAAGGAGAAUGAACAGUCAAAUGAUGUGACAGAACUUAAGGAGUCAGUACAAAGACUGAAGAGGAUGGUAAAUUCUCUAACUGAACAGAAUGAACGAAAUAAGUUUGUUAGUAGUCUUGAGGGAAAUGAUUCCUUAACAAAACACUACACUGGAUUUCCCACUUACUCUUUGGUUUUAGCCAUGUUGUCUUUUUUGAACCCAGGUGAGAGUUGUGAGAAUGUCAUAACACAUACUGCAAAUAGAGAAAGUGAGCCUUCCUGUUCAGUAUACCAGCCUCCAUCAGCCAUGGACUUGGACCACAGCUAUUCAGCUUCACACAAAACUCAUAAUAAACCUGGGAGAACAUUACAGCUUUCACCCAAGGAACAAUUCAUUUUGGUCCUUUGUAGACUCAGGCAGGGUUUUUCUGUAAAGCAUCUGGCAUACCUAUUUAGCAUUUCAGAGUCAAGUGUUAGCAGAUACUUCAUCACAUGGAUUAAUUUCAUGUACUUUAAGCUUGGCUCACUUCCUAUUUGGCCAAGUAAAAGUAUUAUCUCCAAAACAAUGCCACAAACGUUUAGAGACAAAUACCCAGAUACAAGGGUCAUUGUUGAUUGUUCUGAAAUAUUUGCACAUAUCCCAGAUUCUCUGAUGCUCCAAAGUAUGUUUUGGUCAAACAAUAAGCAUCAUAUAACUUACAAAGGACUUCUGGGUAUCGCACCUAGUGGUGCAAUAACAUUCAUAAGUCAACUAUAUCCUGGAUCAAUGUCAGAUAGAGAAAUAGUUAUCCGGAGUGGGUUUCUGGAUCCCAAGCUGUUUCAAAAGGGUGAUGUUGUGAUGGCAGACCGUGGUUUCACAAUUGAUGAUUUGCUAAAGCCAAUGGGUGUCAAACUAAAUAUCCCUGCCUUCUUCAAAGAAAGGAAGCAGUUUGAAGAAGAUGAGACCAUUGAGACACAGCAAAUAGCAGCAGAGAGAAUCCAUGUCGAAAGGGCGAUAAACAAGGUCAAGAAAUUUCGUAUUUUUGACAGUGCGAUUCCUCUGACCAUGCACGGCUCCAUUAAUCAGAUUUGGACAGUGUGCUGUCUUUUGACAAAUAGUUUUAAUCCAGUAAUCUCAAUGUCUGGUAAUGUGUAAAACAAACCAUUCCUUGUA